UGGGCGUCGCCAGGCCCCGUCACUGGACACUCGCCACACCAAGCUGUAAACACACCACCGCUCUCCUUCCUUGGUCCCGGCCAGUGAGACGCACGAUAAGAUUCGGUCAGGAUUCAAUUACUCUUUUUUUUUUCCACCUGUUGACAUUUUCAUCUUUUUUUGUGUGUGUGUGUGAUUUUGUGCGUGAGGUAAUGUCGGAUUUGGUUAUUUUUACCAAACACGUGAGUAUUUAACCUCGAUGUUUUAAUUAAGUGAGAUUUUUUUUUAAAACCCCGGAUUAAACCACCCAAAAAAAAUUCAUCAAGAUAAAGUUACGAAAUAGAAACAUUACGAAAAAUUUAACACUGAAAUAUUAGAAAAAAAAUAUAUCUGAAAUAGUGAUUUAAAAAAACCCACAAAAUAAACACAAUUGAUAAGAGUUAGCGAAGUGUUACCAACUAUUUUCCGAUUAAACUGUUUCUUCCCGCUGUCGUUACCAUUAAUCCGGAACAAGAGAAGUAUUUUUAACCCACAAACUGUUAAGAUUUAAUGACCAAAAUUAUAUGAGACACAGUGAACGGCCUUCCUACUUUGUGUUGACAGAGAAAAGAACAAUGCAACUGUUCUUAUAAACUUUCACGAACAAAAUAUUACGAGUGGGACCUUGGAAUAAAUAUAUAUAUAUACUUUUUUGGAUAUAUAUAUAUAUUUUGGGUGACAAAGAAUAUCCACAGUGUUUUUUGGUUAUUUUUUACAUAUAUUUUACAAAUGAAAAUUGAACAUUGCAUCGAUAGACAAGAAGGCAUGGUGUCGCUUAGUGCAGGCGAGUGUUCCCUGGCAGGGUUCGGUCUGCCCGCGGUGGGUGUGGCUACACCUUCCCCUAGCCACGCCCACCUGGACUACAACGACAAUGUCACGCCCACACCUAUGACCACCGCCCACAUGGGUGAGGGAGGAGGGGGACCCCACUACACAACCCACAGUGGGUUGAUGGGUGGAUCAUAUCACACGAGUGGGCUGGGUGGGCAACUGGAGUGUUCCCUAAGGUCUAUCCACCCCGGGGGCGGCCACGGUGGUGGGCUCAUGUAUGGCCCCACCCUCCUCCUUCCCCACCUCCAACACCAGCAACACCACCACCCCCGGGGGCUAGAGCCUUACCCUGGUGGGGGCGGCGGGGCUCGCUGGGAGGCCGGCGGGGCGUCUCGCGGGGCCGCGGACAAGGCCCGCAAGGAGCAGCGCAUCAGGCGCCCUAUGAACGCCUUCAUGGUCUGGGCCAAAGUUGAACGGAAGAAACUGGCAGACGAGAACCCCGACCUACACAACGCUGACCUGUCCAAGAUGCUGGGGAGAAAAUGGCGCUCCCUAACGCCCACGGACAGACGCCCAUACGUGGAGGAAGCAGAACGACUAAGACUGAAACACAUGGCAGAACACCCCAACUACAAGUACCGCCCGCGCCGCCGUAAGCAACAGCAGCCCAAGAAACCGAAUGCCACGGGGCCACCACAGUCAUCCUCAGUGACCCAACCUACUGGAGGAACUCAAGCCCAGGUAGCCAGGGGGUCGAGUCAAGGGGGCACAGCGACCCCUACCCCAGCAGCUGUGAGUGUAGCCUCCUCACUUAACACCCCAGAGACCUCCCCAAGUAGCUCACCGGAUCCUGACCCCCGGAGAAAUCAUCAUCAGCCCCAUCAUCAUCCUCAUCAUCAUCAUCAUCAUCAUCAUCAUCAGCAGCAGCAGCAUCAUCGACCACAUACGGCUGGCUCCUCCUCGUCGUCAGGAGGCGUAGGACCUGGAGGAGGAUCAGAGCCACUACCCACGCCCCCGGAGGUGUCCCCAGGGGCGGGCGCAGGAGAGGACCCCACGCCCGUCUCACGCCUCAUCUCCCUGUUCGAGAGGGCGUCGGCCUUUCCUGACGCCUUCCACUCCCUCAACAGCAUCGUGUCGUCCUACAACCCGGCUCCUUCUCCUGACGCAGAUACCAAGUGUUGUCUCCCUUCGUCAGGAGGAGGAAGCGACGGAGAUGAGACCUUAGAUGGACCUUACCAACAAGGUCCUCCUCCUACUGCGCCUCCUUCUUCCAUCCAGCCACACCCAAUAGGAAAGGAAAAAGGACCUAAUCUCCAUCCUAUCGCUAGCCCUAGGGAGCAUCACCAACCUCCUCCUCCUCCUCCGCCUCCCCCACCUCCUCCUCCUCCACCUCCUCUUCUUCAUCCACGUUGCUGCACCUCCGACAGCUACUGCAGGUGUGACGCUGAAGGGAACAGUACCAGUAGGGGUUUUGAUACACCUCCUGACCAUACUGCUACGUCAGGUCUUCAUCAACAUGUUAUUAAAACUGAAACCUCUAUGUCGCAGCCAUCGUGUGGGUUCCCUUCUACAACGUCUCCUGGAGGCGGCCAUAGCAUCUCCAUGGCCACUUAUAGUUACUCCCCCAGGCCACACCCAGCUUAUGCUACUAUGGCCACACCAGCUCUUGUCGCCGCUUAUCCAGGUCCUAUGGGGCCACACCAGGGCCAUUAUCAGGUCAUGGGUCAGAUGGGCCAUGAUGUGGACCUCGAUGUGGACAGGGCCGAGUUUGACAGGUACUUGAGUGGCCCGGAGUGUGGCCCAGGGAGACAGGUACAAGGACCAGGAGGGCCAUGGGGGGGCGUGGCACACCCAGUACAGUGUCAUCAAAGACCAGAGUACCGGCACGACCUUCAGGAUCAGUACCGGGAGCUGCCACCUGGUCAGGCCUACCGGGAGGACCAGUUCCGUAUGGAGUACCGGGGAGAUCCUUUAGUCCACUACCGGGCAGCUGAGAACCAGUUGUACCGGGGAGAUGACCACCGCCUUGAGAGACCUGAGUACCAUCCUGAAGACGAGUACAGGAUCGAACGUACCGGGUACCCUAGGCAGCACCAGUACCGGGCCGAGAGGCAAGAGUACCCCGGUGAACAGGUGUACAGGGGAGAACCUGGGGCAGAGUACACCGGGGAGGAGUACCGGGGCUCAGUAGGUGGUACUCUGUUGAGCGCUCUGGCUGACGUUAGACAAAUGUACUAUGAGACAUAAGUAAAGAAGAGCGCCAGCACGAGCAGUCAGUACCGCCUGGCGUUCCUUUCCUAACCAGCAAUGACAUGGUGAUUAAAAUUAUAGCCAGACGAAUGUUCGCUCGCCUUUUGCCUACAGUGGAAGUUCUCCUACAGUCCCAGACAACAAACAAUUCUCACUACACGUGCUAAAUUACCUACAGGCUACAGGUAAAAUAAUGUUGAUACCUGUAUAAUAUUAAUAAUCAAGAUGAAUUAUUUACUACAUAUGACAAAUAUUAAUAAUUAAAGGUUACGACCACACGACGUAACACAACCAAAACACGACGAAAAAUUACAAGUCUUAUUUUCUCGCCUACUCAACAGCCCGCAGUAUACGACAUCCACACCGCCUUGUAUUCCAGGUUAAUGUGUAAUAAAAUCACACAAUCAUCUAUCAUUUAACACCAAAACGCUAUUUCAGCCUGAGGUUCGAUCCUGGGUACCUUGGUAUUCAUGGUGAGUGUCCUAACCACUCGUCCACGGCCGUGUGUGUAUAGUUAAUGGGAUUUUUUUAAUAUAAGUGUUAGAUAGAGCCCUCGUCUGACAUACAUACAAACAUACACACACACAUACAUACAUAUAUACAUACAUACAUACAUACAUAC